UUCCUGUUGAGAUCAGAUAUCACUUCUCUCUAAAGCAGAGGAAGUGAAGACGGUUAACUUAUUCCACUCUUUUUAAUCUACAGAUUCAUUGCUUUGAAAUCAUUCCUCAUCCUACAAUGGAGACACAGGUCAACAGGAGAGGUUUUACAGAACAAGUGUUUAGAGGUCAGCACUUGAAGCUGACUGAUUUGAAGAUGCAACAAGGUUUGAACAACCGGUACCUCUUCAAAGACAACAUCCCAGCGUACCCCCGACCAGAGUUUUAUGUGUCUCAUCUGAAACACGACACCGACCAAGCUGGAUUACGCGGGAUCAGGAAGGAUGAUGGCUUCAGGAACCAGGCUGAAGACAAGGGUCCUCGUCUGCUGUGGUGGAGUCUGGUUGUGGGGCCUGAUGAGAUAAGGUCCGCUGAGAGGAGGCUCCUGGAGACCACCUACCCAGACCGGACAGAGGAGCAGGCCCAGAAGCAGCAGAGCUUCCUGGAGAAGUUUGCAACCUCCCCGGUCUUCAUGGAGUCCUCCAGGCUGGGCUCGUACCGCUUCACCUUCCCCCUGGAGGAGGUUCUGACGGCCUACAGAGACCAGUUUUGUUCCGGUGCUCAACCCGUCAUGAGGGUGUUCAGGACCGUCCUGUACAAACAGGAAGUGAUGUACGCGGUGCUGGUCCACAGCCCGGCCAAUCAGCAGCUGUUCUCAGACCUUCCUCUGCUGACUGACGACCCAAACUCUGUGUGCACUUACAGAGACGGACACUUCAUCUGGAGGUCUGAGGCCAUGUGUGAGACACACAGAUAUGAGUGGCUGAAGAGAGAUGAUGAAAUGAUGAUGGAAGCGAGCCCGGUUUGUACUCGUUCUGAGUUCUACGUUUGGGAUAAUGUGGCUGUUGCUCUGCAUGUGGACGAAGAGGUUCUGCAGUUUGAUGCUGACCGACUGAGAGAGAACCUCACGUUCUGCCAGGAAGGACCAGCUCCAAUUAGUCGUCCUUCGAAAUUUGAUGACUUCCCUCAAGCUGAAGAGGUUGUCAAAGAAUUGUGGCCCGACUGCCCCUCACCACUGCAGAGAUCUGAACAGCUCCACUGAGUGUUCAAUAAAACAGAAUCACUGUUUGAAUGUAACUAAGUACAUUUACUCAAGUACUGUACCUAGGUACAAUUUUAAAGCACUUAUCAAAAUAAAAUAUUAUCAACAAUAAAAGAACUGUAUAAAUCA